AUAUUUUUUUCUUACCAGAUGAAAAAGUCCGAGAAAGUCCGAAUAUUUUCACAAUAUGGCGGCUAACACACCACACGUGCAAGUUCGGUUCUUCACCAAAUCAUCGUAUAGUGUCCCAUCCACUCCCUUCUCAGUACCUGCAGAUGUUGGAACAAAGGAACUAAGUUCCCUCAUUAACAGUGUCCUUCAUGCUGGAAGUGGAGAAACGACUAAUGUGGAUUUUGAUUUUCUGAUUGAUGGAGAAUUUCUACGAAUUACACUUAGCAAACAUCUUGAUGCAAAAGGCCAGUCUACGGAAGAGAUUAUAGAGACUGAAUAUGUUGAACGUCAUCCAGCACCAAAGCCUGAGGAUACCCUAUUACACAACGAUUGGGUCAGCUGUAUCCAGGGCGGUAAAGAAUGGAUAUUAUCAGGUUGUUAUGACAACACCAUCCAUAUUUGGACCAUGGCAGGGAAAGAAAUGAUGACCAUCCCUGGUCACACUGCCCCAGUGAAGGCUGUUGAGUGGAUCAACAUUGACAAUGGACCAAUCAGCAGCUUUCUAACAGGAUCACAUGACCAGACAAUAUUGUUGUGGUCCUGGAACAGAGAAAAGAAUGAAGUGGAUUGCAUCAAUUCCUGUCGAGGACACGCUGGCAGUGUGGACUGUCUGGCCGUCAACUUCCCUAAAACAUUGUUUUGCAGUGGAUCAUGGGACCGGAUGUUGAAGUUGUGGUCUGCAGAGCUAACCAGUGCUGGAGAUGUGGAUGAUGACGAAGAUGAGAAUGCAGAACGACCAAAAAAGAAAAAGAAAACUGGCGGCAAGUCUCGUCAGACAAGGGUCCCUAUGCUGACAUUGGAAGGCCAUUCAGAAGGGAUAUCUGGGAUAGAGUGGCUGGACGAUUCCACUAUCUGUACUGUUUCAUGGGACCAUACAAUCAGGCUUUGGGACAUGAACAAUGCCAAACAGAAGGCACUCCUGCAAAGUUCUAAGGUGUUCCUAGAUGUAAGUUACUCUGAACUGAACCAACAGAUUGUGACUGCCUCAGCAGACCGACAUAUACGAAUGUGGGACCCCAGAGUUUCGGAGGGGGCGAUAGUAAAGUGUACCUACACCUCGCACAACGGCUGGGUCUCUAGUGUUGCCUGGUCAAAGGAGAACGAAUACCAUUUUAUAUCUGGAUCCUAUGACAACUACAUGAAAAUGUGGGAUACCAGAAGCCCAAAGGUACCUCUCUACAACAUGACAGGUCACGAAGAGAAAAUUCUUGCUGUUGAUUGGUCAAUACCCAGCCUAAUGUUAUCUGGAGGAGCUGAUGGCCAUCUCAAGGUCUACCAAUACAAUGCAACUAGUUGAAAGUGUGAUUUCUUACUUUAGGGUAUUAGGUUCUGUGAAUUACUAGGAUGGUCUGUAGUCCAUUUGGUUACACUUAUACCUAUCUGUGACUGUUAACAAUCAGCUAUAAGGAGACGUCCAGUCCAUGCUUAAGUUCACACAGUAUGGAUAACCAUGGAAACACGACAAUCGGAUGGGAACUGGAUUGUUAAAAAUGGAAAGAACUUGUGUUAAAUACAAUUUCACAGAAACAUGGAGUGAAAGAAACAAACACCAACCUACAAGGAAGUUAUGAUCAUCUCAUGGUGACCAUAAUAACAAUGAAAUAGACUGUUUGUGAAGCCAAACAGAUACCAAGUAGGCGAUGAACCAGAAUUAUUUCGCUAUUCAAUACAGACAAACCAUGUGGGCUGUUGAAGUUUGCCUAGGAUUUUGAUUGUCAUUUUUGCAGUUAUUUUCAAGAAAACAUUCGUUAAGCAGGUGGACAAACCUUAAGAAUCACAUCUGAAAAAAAAGCAUCUUUCCCUAUUGACCCGCUUGUGUAUUGUUACUGUAUUCAGCAUCACUUUUGGUAGGUACAGACCGAAAAGUAAUGCUUUCAUCAGGGUUAACAUUUAAUGUCUUAUGUUGUUAUGUUUCAAGUCGUGCAAAAUCAAAUGCAAUGUUAUCAUUUUACAGGAAGAAGAGAAAUAAAAUUUUGUGUUCAAACAGUGCAUUCAUUAUGCAGAAAGUUUUUUAAAUUAAUGCGAAACAUUUUAUUAAAGGAUGUUGUUUCACAGUAUAAAUACAAGAUCCAUAGAAAAUUGGUAAAUGAAGAAUGAUGCAUCAAAAUUUUCUGUAAUUGUGUCAUAAAAUGAAACCUGAAAAUGUCCACACAAACAAUUUGUGUAUUAUGGUUACUGAAUUAAGGUGGUACAAAGUCUGGUAUGAAUGUAUUGGUACUUGAGUGUGGGUAUGCGAGUUAGGAGAGCGAGUCUGUGUUUGAAUUAUGGUGCUAAUAAAACUGAAACAUUGAA